UCAGCGCGGGGAGCUGGGGGAGCGCGGCGCUCGGCUCAGGCACACCGUCUCCGGGGGGCCGCAGCCGGCGUGUGGACAGAGCCAUGGCGCGUCCUCCGAACCCGGGACCACUGUCGCCUUUACUCCUGCUGCUGCUGCCGCUGCUGGUACCGCUUCCGCUGGGCGCCGCAGACCCUCUCCCCACAGAGGGCCGGCUUGGGAACAACUGUAUUCAGGCCAGGAGGAAGUGCCAGGUUGAUCCUGUUUGCAGUGCUGCCUACCACCACCUGAAUUCCUGCACCUCUAGUAUAAGCACCCCGUCAGCCACACAGGAACUUUUGGUCCCUGAGGACUGCAGGGAGGCAGCACAGCACCUCAGGAAUAGCUCUCUGAUGAGCUGCACAUGCCACCGGCGCAUGAAGAACCAAGUUGCCUGCCUGGACAUUUACUGGACCGUUCACCUUGCCCGCAGCCUUGGUGACUAUGAACUGGAUGUCUCCCCCUAUGAAGACACAGUGACCAGAAAACCUUGGAAAAUGAAUCUCAGCAAACUGAACAUGCUCAAACCAGACUCAGACCUCUGCCUCAAGUUCGCCAUGCUGUGCACUCUUAAUGAUAAGUGUGACCGACUGCGCAAGGCCUACGUGGAAGCGUGCUCCGGGUCUCAUUGCCAGCGCCACACCUGCCUCCGGCAGCUCCGCAUCUUCUUCGAGAGGGCGUCGGAGCCCCACGCUCAGGGACUGCUGUUGUGCCCCUGCGCGCAGGCCGACCAGGGCUGCGGGCAACGCCGGCGCAACACCAUCGCUCCCAGCUGUGCGCUGCCGUCUGGGGCCCCCAACUGCCUGGAGCUGCAGAGCCUCUGCGUCGCCGACCCGCUGUGCAGAUCUCGCCUGGUGGAUUUUCAGACCCACUGCCAUCCUCUGGACAUCCUAGGGACCUGUGCAACAGAGCAAUCCAGAUGUCUGCGAGCAUACAUGGGGAUGAUUGGGACUGCUAUGACUCCUAACUUUGUCAGCAAUGUCAACAUCAGUGUUGCCUUAAGCUGCACCUGCCGAGGCAGUGGCAACCUGCAGGAGGAGUGUGAGCAGCUGGAAGAGUCCUUUUCCUACAACCCCUGCCUCAUGGAGGCCAUUGCAGUUAAGAUGCGUUUUCACAGCCAACUCUUCUCCCAGGACUGGGCAGACUCUACCUUUUCCGUGAUGGAACGCCAGAACAAAAAUCCUGCUCUGACGCCACAGCCCGGGGUGCCCUCUCUUUUCUUGUGUACACUUACCUUGAUUCUUCUCCUGAGCCUCUGGUAGCUGGACUUCCCCUGGGCCCCUCUCCCCUCUACCACACCAGCCUGACCUUCAGCAAGGGGUAAGGAAAGAGCAGCAUCAGGAAGAAGAUGCAGUAAACAACAUGGCAACCCUCACUCAAUCCAUACUGCAUAUCCAGCUGACUCCAGAUGGGGCCACAGAAGAAACUGUGACUAGCUUUCUCAUUCCCUCCACAGCCCUUCCGUAGGACUUGGUGACCAUAAUUUAGCCAUAUCUUCUUUUUUAAAUUUUUUUAUUUUUGAUAGACAGAGAUUGACAGUGCAAGCAAGGGAGGGUCAGAGA